GAAUUUCAGUCAAUUUGCCAAACCUUAGCGCUUUUCUGCUAACUAAAUGCUCAAAUUAAAACUAGUCGAAUCAACAGAAUCAUAUCAAAGUCGAAAUCAAAAUACAUGCAAUUAAAUCAAAUAAAAGAAGCACAAGAAAAACACGAAAAACAGGCAGAUGGCCGAUGAAACAGGAAACCGCCAAAAGUGAUACUAAUUUUAAUGAAAAGUGCACAACCACAAACUGAAACAGCUACGGCACAACUCAUCACACACGAAGAUCCACUCGCAUUACACUGCACCCAAAAAUAGUCACGCACACAAACGCACAUACUAUACAUACAAACGCAUAAAAACAAAAAAUAUACGCACUUCGUGCUAAAAUUUAAAUAAGAUAAAGUGCAGUGAAAAUUUAGCCUCAAAAUGGUCGACGACUUUUCACCGAUGCGCGUGCAGAAGAAAACACGCAGCGCAUCCAUUUGCGCGACCAGCGGUGGCAGCAUCGAAACAGCCAUACAUAAUAUGCAACCAUAUGGCGCGGCAUCGGGCAGUGCCACACCCGAAAGUGGCGGCACGCCCGGUUAUCGGCGUCGACGACCGGCCACACGGUCACAGAGUGCGCGCAUCACCAGUGGCGCAAAAUCGGUGCGCCGAAGAGCUCAAGUGCAAGCACAACAACAACAGCAACAAUAUAACUUGGAAAAUGCGCGCUCCUACUGUACGAGCGAACCGCGUCUCAGCGAAACGGAAACACCGCCGCAAAGACGCAAAUUAUCACAGCGCAGACCGCAACAGCAUGCACAGCGAAAAUCAAAUGCUUUCCUCGAUGUACCCGCAAUGCAUCAUUUGCGUGUCAGCGACGAUGACGAAGAUUUGGAUCGUUUGCGCACAUUCAGUGCUUCCAAAGGCGGCGUCAUCAACCGUGGCGACUCGUUUCGACGUCGACGUUCCCGCAGCAACAGUUUGGCACCGGUGAGUCCAAUACAUCCGCGUGCCGGCACCGGCGGCGUUGGACUUGGUGGCAGUGUUGGUGGUGGCAUUAAUGGCGACUACUCGGGUGCACAGAAUGAGCCGCAUCAACAACAACCUGUCGAAGUGUUUUGUGUAGAAAUGCUCGGCGCAUCCGGUGUGGGCAAACAGGCAUUGAUCCAGCAAUUUCGGACGUCUGACUGCAUCAAUGCGUAUGACGGACCCGAAUGUGAUGUAGCGGAACAAAAUAUUUCAAUAAUUCUAAAUGGCAUCGAAUCGGAAUUGAAAUUCUCGACGGGUCAGCAAGACAACAAGGAUGAACUAGAAAAGGCUGAUGCUUUUCUUGUGAUCUACUCUUGCAUUGACAAGGAGUCAUUCACACGCGCCAAACAUAUACUUUCACGUCUACAGGACAUGGAUUUGAUACGUACUCGUCCAAUUAUUUUAGUGGCGAAUAAAAUUGAUUUGGCACGUUCACGCGCAGUUUCUUCACAAGAUGGCAAAUGCGUCGCUUGCACUUUUGGCGCCAAAUUUAUUGAAGUCUCGGCUGGCAUCAAUCACAAUUGCGACGACUUACUGGCUGGCACUUUGACACAAAUUCGUCUCAAAAAGGAUCAAAAUUUAUUACAAAAAUCCAAAGAAAAGCACAAAGACAAAGAUAAUAAAAAUAAAGAAAGAGAAAAUGUUAUUGGCAAGGCUUUAGAGCACAAUGGCGCUGAUUGUGUAAAUGAGAAAAACUCAGAGAAUUUGGGCAAUCGAGAUGGUGCCUCCUCGCCGGCGCACUGGUAUAAAAGUCGCAGCGUUGUGUUGGCCAGCAUGAAAGCGCGCCAAAUGCUAACCUGGAUACUCGGCAAAGAGGAUUCGAAAUUCAAGCAUUGCGAGAAUUUACAAGUACUCUAAAGAGUAGCGCACAUUAUGGGACAAGAUUUAAAUCGACGUACAACUGAGGAAUAAUAGGAGGAAUAUAAUUGGACUGUCAGAAAAAUAUGAUUAAAUCGCGAAAUGAAAGUAAGCGGAACGAGAGUGUGUAUGUACUUGUAUAUACUAAAUAAAUUUGUGUAUGUGUAGAUAAAAUAUUUCAUAAUAAAAGAUCGUAUAUAAUGCCAUUUAUUUACUUUAUUAUGUACUUAUUAUAUUUAGCUAUAUUUAUGUAGAUAGCUGUAAACAAUUUAUAUAUGUACAUUUGUAUAUUAUAUGGUAAACGUAGACGUAUUUACUCCAACUUGCUUGAGAGUUUAGGUUAGGUGUGACAUGAAUCAAUAUUCUUAUACCAAUACAUGUAGAUUUCUAUGUACUGGUAUUUACAUAAUACAUGCGUAAUUGGAUGACUUCCUUGAAUCUCAAAAUAUUGUAACAUGGCAUAAGCGCAUUAGCAUUACAUAUGUUAGUAGCAGAGAGCAAACAGAGGGAAAUUGUUGCUAAACUGUUACUUACAGAAAUGACUGCGAUCAAGCGCCUUUACAGUCAAAUCAAAACCUACAGAAUCAAACAACCAAUUGCCCUUUUAAGAAAACCGGUUUCGUUGUAAAUUUAAUUGUACUGUAACAAAAGUUGCCACUGAUUUACAUGUAUAUGCAGACAUAGUAUACUUAUAUAUACCAACCGUACGCGCAUAUAUGAAAUAUGAAAAACAUAAUAACAUAUACGUAUAUAUGUAUAACAUGUGUUAUUAUGUAUGUAAAUAAGAAAAAUAUACAACACAAUGUAUAGGUGGAAAAAUAUACUAUAAUAUUAUAUUAUAUAAUAAACAUUUUUAAAAUUAAAGAGAAGAAAGGCGCAUACACUCAGAAAAAUUAAAAAAAAUUGAAUUUCGUAUAAUUUAUGACACAGAAUAAUCAGAUGUACUACACCAAAUACGAAUGGUAAAUUUUAUUUCAGAAAGAACCAAAUUAACUUCAUAUUAGCUCCAUUUAUAUCAGAACAGGUCACUUAAAUUCGGGGUUUACCAUCUAGCGUUUGGGGUUUAAUUUAAAUCGGCUACAAAUAAAAUACGCGUGUAAGCUUUUCGAUAGGAGCUUUCCUCUAUGUUCCGCAUAAUUGCAGAACAGCAAGAAAUGCAAAAGUCCCAUAUUAAAAUAUACACGAGUAUGAAUGGAGCUGGAGCUGCGCAAUCAAAUAUUAGUAACUUACCCACAACCCACAUUCCGCUCGCAACAUGUAAAAUGAUAAUUGAUCGAGAAUUUUACAGCAUUGCUGAUCGGAGGUGGCGAGUGGAAACUACUUGCGUUACGACCAGACAAAUCUGGCCAUUCUACAAUCUAAAACAAACAAAAACCCUCUAUCGAAACACGAACUAAGGCAUAUAAUAUCUCUUAUCACCGGCCACUGCCUUUUGGGCACUCACGCACGUCGGCUCGGGGUUCCUCAAAACGACCUGUGCAGAUACUGCGAAGACGAAGAUGAGGAAGUAUCGAGCAGGCAUUUGCUGUGCAGUUGUCCCGGCCUAGCCAGAAGUCGACUCGCUCUUCUAGACUCUCCAACAAUUGACAAUCUUUCAGCACUCUCGGACCUGAAAAUCGAAUCUUUUAUUAAAUUCUCGAAACGAAUUAAUAUUUUGGACCAAAAUCUAUAAUAAAAAUCUCGGUUAAGUGGGGAAAUUAUAUAAAAUAAUGAGCUCUAGGGCAACACAACGAACCCAACUUGCGGUCUAUGUGGCACUCCGAUACGGGGUCAGCCUUAAACCAAUCCGGAAUGGUUGCAACCAAGGCACAUCCACAAGGCAACACUAGUCUCGUAUGCUGACGAUUGUUCGAUGACUUGUGGCAUUGAUGACUUGUGUUCCAAAGUAAACGUUUAUUUUGCCAGCCUUUCUGUCAUGAAAGGUGAAAACCGAGGACACACCAAUACCGACCAUUAACAACUCCGAAAUUUUGCAUGUCGUCUUUGACAGUUUACUCUUCUUCUCGGUGCAUAUGACCGCAAUUGCCUCUAAGGUCCAAAACCGCAACAAGGCCUUCAAAUCGCCAGCCGGCAGCACUUGGAGCAAAGCAAUGACCGGUCGGUACUAAAUGACGCUGCGCUCGUUCCUGAUAUUCAAACAAAUUUCUUGAGAUCGUCUAUUUUUCAGAACUUAUUUGCAUGGAUUGGCAAGCGUCUUCGUCAAAUUAAAUGUCGUAUCAGUCGCUCUACUAUUAUUACCUUGUUGGUGUGCUUUGGUAGCAAUCCUACAAAAAACAACAAUAAGCAGCUGGCGCGGGGUCGAAUUUGUAUUCCUCCAAUUCGUGGCAUGGUAUGCAUGGAUACUUAUAGUUGCCAUUUUGUGUCGUGAUAUGGACUGGAAAUCUUUGCAAAACUUAAAGAAUCCCCUUGUGAUUUUUUUGUUGUUGAAAAAAGUACACAUUACAAAUGGAUUACCACAGAAUAUUCUACUUCGGAACUCGUUAGAUAUGUCAGUUCCCGAAAAUGUUAAAUAUAAUUCAGAGAGCGUAAAAUUACUUCAGAAAUACUACUGCGAGAAUUCAAUAAGUUGCACACAUUGCGGUAUCGCUAUAUGGCACUCAGUAAUUAUAUAAAUUUGAAGAGAAGAUGUAUUCGAAUUUUGUUGAAUUUUGAAUAACUUAUUUGCUAAAUAAAAAACAAUAAUAAUAAUUUUGAGUGAUGGAAUUCCUUACGCGCUACAUUGCUAGUCUAGUUCACAAGUGUCAAAUACGAUUGAAGAUUGGCAUCGUAGCAUUUACAGAAACUGUUAAACUUCCGAUAGGGUAAUUAGUUUUGCUCUACCUUGUAUAUAUUACAAUAUUUUUAGUCAAUUUUCGAUUAAAUUACGUUAACAUCCAAUUUUGAAAAAUUUUCUGAGUGUAGUGCAAUAAAUAAACAAAAAAAAACAAAAA